AUGAGCAGGAAAUUCUUCGUCGGUGGAAACUGGAAGAUGAACGGCGAUAAGAAAAGCCUUGGGGAUCUCAUUCAGACCAUGAACGGAGCCAAAGUGGACCCCAAUGUCGAGGUGGUGUGUGGCGCUCCUUCAAUUUACCUGGACUUUGUCAGGUCAAAGCUCGAUGCCAAAUUUGGUGUUGCUGCGCAAAACUGCUACAAGGUUCCCAAGGGUGCCUUCACUGGGGAGAUCAGCCCUGCAAUGAUCAAGGACUGUGGGAUCAACUGGGUGAUCCUGGGACACUCUGAGAGACGCCAUGUUUUUGGAGAGAGCGAUGAGCUGAUUGGACAGAAGACCGCGCACGCGCUGGAGAAUGGCCUGGGAGUGAUCGCCUGCAUUGGGGAGAAGCUGGACGAGAGGGAGGGAGGAAUCACUGAGAAGGUUGUGUUUGCCCAGACCAAAGUCAUUGCAGACAAUGUAAAAGACUGGAGCAAAGUGGUGCUUGCUUAUGAACCAGUGUGGGCCAUUGGCACAGGAAAGACUGCCUCACCACAGCAGGCCCAGGAAGUCCAUGACAAACUGAGGGCAUGGCUCAAAACUAAUGUUUCAGAGGACGUGGCCAACUCUGUGAGGAUCAUCUAUGGAGGUUCUGUGACUGGAGGCACCUGCAAAGAGCUUGCAUCACAGAAGGAUGUGGAUGGUUUCCUUGUGGGAGGAGCCUCACUGAAGCCAGAGUUCAUCGAAAUCAUCAAUGCAAAGGCAUAA